UUGAGUGCCUUUACUCAGCUGACACUCAUAUUAGCUCUGACAACAUCAUUGAACCAGAGGGAUUCAAACAGAUUAGAAUUUCCUUGUGUUUUGCUCGGCCCUGCAUGCAGACCGUUGUUCUUUGAGUAGUUACUUUUAUAAUCUUCCCGCAUUAUAAGGUCACAGAGUUGCAGAUGAACAUCCAAAGAAAUACUUGAAGAAAAGUUACACUUGCAUGAAAAAGAUUGUGACUUGAAAAAUAUGCUGGUACCUCCACUAGUCUAAAUUAAAGGAAAAAUGAAUAGGAAGUCAGGAGACCUGGGUUCUUGUCCUUGAUCUGCUGCUUAAUUAGUGUGAUCUUAGGUAGGUCAUUUUAACAUCUCUGGACCCCAAAUAUCUUAAUUUUUUUUAGAAAAGAAAGGUCAGAGUGGUUGAUCUCUAAUUUUCUCCUAACUGUAAAACUCCCUGCCUGUACAAGGAGUACUCUGUGAAAUAUUUUCUUGUAAUCUAAGGUGGCUAUGUUUGGGGUUACAGUUAGAAUCAUCAGUUAAGAGUGGUGGUGUAUACUUUUGUUUUCUUAGUUUGAGUAUAGUGUUUUAUAGUAGUAGAUAACUCAUUCUGCGGAGGUUAAUUGAAGUUCUUGGAAUGCCAUUUUGAAUUUAUUGUGUAUCUUUCAUAUUUUAGGAAUGUUUUAGUUUUGUACUUGUAUCCAUAGUAAUGUAAUCACAAGUAUGUGACUUAGAAAAUAAAAUAUCCAUAAGAAUAUCAUAAAAAGAAGAAUUGCAGGUAGAAGAAUAGGCUUGAAAGUUUGGAGGCCUAAGUUCUUUCUUAUCUCUAUCCCAGUUUCUUCCUGAAAAUGGUUCUGUAAUCAUUCUCUUUCGUGCCUUUUUCUGUCUGACCACCUUCUUCUUUCUUAGAGACUUCUGAAUAAGCAUUUAUUAGUGGCUUGGUGAGGAGACAAAUGAAAGAACUAGACCUUGUCUGGGUUUUCAGAGGAGUUUAUGAUUAUGUUGACACUCUGACUGAGACAGCUAUAAAGAUGACUGUGUUUUAAAGCAGCAGGCCUAAAAUAAUAAUAAAAAUUCUGACACUUCUUUUUCUUGCCUGGUUUUUUGUAGGAAUUAAUAUUUGAGGAAGAGGAAAGCUGUAUGAAUCAGUAACCUUUAGAUGCUUUUGUACUCUUGAGGUAGUGAUGUGAGGAAUAGUAAAAACCUUAACAAGAAAUGAAAGGGUGGGAUUUAUACAUUAGUUGAGUCACUAGGCAUUGGGGUACAUUGGAAAGAACACUGGACUAACAGAAACUUGUGUUUGAAUUUGGGUUCAAGUCAUUUCACGUCUCUGACCCUCUUCCUCAUUCCUCAUGGGUAGUAACAACUACUCAGAGUUGUGAGGAAACGGAAAUUGUGAACUGGUGUCCUAAUUGAGGGCCAGUUCGUAUGCUUUGGAUAGAAAGAAUUUUAAAUCCUCAGAGGAGAAUUUUGGUAAAUAUCCUUUACCCGUUUAUAGAUAUACCAUAUUUAAGUGAAGAAUAUAUGUGAAAGUUCUAACCAUCAAAGCAGAAAAACAAGGAGAUCCUUGGGAACUUUAUGAAUAGAGUCUGUGGAAGGAAGGCUUCUUUAAGUACUGGGCUUAAUCAUUUAAAAAUGACUUGAGUUAGAAAUAUCUUACUAUCCCAGAAACUUUGUGGAAUCCAGUUUUGAAGAAAGAAAAACUACACACUUGAUUUUUGAAUCUCUGAUUUUCGAAACUCUUGGUGCAUACUUCUUUAGAUGGCAGAAUUUAGAAUUGGUCACAUUUCAGAUGUUUACACUUAUAACAAAUGCAUUCUUUACUUCUGGCAUUGUGUUUACUGUGCUAUCAACUUCUAGUUCAUUUUACUUAUGUUUCCCUCCCCUCCCACCAGGUUUUUCGUUGGAAUAUACGCUGCACAUUUAUGGCGAUUCUGAGCGUGAGGGCAGACUUCUGCCAGGCUCAGCACAGCAUUUUCGCUGACAAGUGAGCUUGGGGGUUCUAUGUGCCAUAAUUAACCUUGCCUUGAAGACUCCGGACACCGAGACUGGCCUCAGAAAUAGUUGGCUUUUUUUUUUUUUAAUUGCAAGCAUAUUUCUUUUAAUGACUCCAGUAAAAUUAAGCUUCAAGUAAACAAAAGUGGAAAGUGACCUGCACUUUUAACUUGUCUCACUAGUGCCUAAAUGUAGUAAAGGCUGCUUAAGUUUUGUGUGUAGUUGGAUUUUUUUGGAGUCCGAAGGUAUCCACCUACAGCCGUUGAGGCCCAAAUUGAAUUUGGAUUCGAGUGGAUUCUAAAUACUUUUGCUUAUCUUGAAGAGAGAAGCUUUUUAAGGAAUCUAACAAGUUGAAUAGAGAAAACACUGAUCGAUAAUAGGCAUUCUAGUGUUCUUUUUAAUGUUUUCUGCUGUGAAACAGUUCAAGAUUUAUUGAUUUUUUUUUUCAUUUCCCCCAUCACACUCACACACACGCACGCUCACUUUUUAUUUGCCAUAAUGAACCGUCCAGCCCCUGUGGAGAUCUCCUAUGAGAACAUGCGUUUUCUGAUAACUCACAACCCUACCAAUGCUACCCUCAACAAGUUCACAGAGGAACUUAAGAAGUAUGGAGUGACAACUUUGGUUCGAGUUUGUGAUGCUACGUAUGAUAAAGCUCCAGUUGAAAAAGAAGGAAUCCACGUUCUAGAUUGGCCAUUUGAUGAUGGAGCUCCACCCCCUAAUCAGAUAGUAGAUGAUUGGCUAAACCUAUUAAAAACCAAAUUUCGUGAAGAGCCAGGUUGCUGUGUUGCAGUGCAUUGUGUUGCAGGAUUAGGAAGGGCACCUGUGUUGGUUGCACUUGCUUUGAUUGAAUGUGGAAUGAAGUAUGAAGAUGCAGUUCAGUUCAUAAGACAAAAAAGAAGGGGAGCAUUCAAUUCCAAACAGCUGCUUUACCUGGAGAAAUACCGACCUAAGAUGCGAUUACGCUUCAGAGAUACCAAUGGGCAUUGCUGUGUUCAGUAGGAAGAAAUAUAAACGAAGGCUGACUUGAUUGUGGCGUUUAGAGGGAACUCUUGGUACCUGGAAAUGUGAAUCUGGAAUUUUAACUGUGUUAUCAAAGUAGUGAUGGAUUCAGUACUCCUCAACCACUCUCCUAAUGAUUGGAUAAAAAGCAAACAAAAAAUCCUUCUAUAACGUGAAUAAAAUGUGUAAGAAAAGAAAAAGAGAAAAGAAAAAGGGAUUAAUUCAGUGAAGGAUGAUUUUGUUAGUGUUGGAGUUUGAAUUUCUGCCAGGAAUGAAUUAUUUCAAAAUCUUCUUUUUUAAUUUACAAGAUCGGUCUCUAAGGAAAAUCAGCAGAACGUUAGCCUGUGCAGAGCCAUCUGUUUGGGGAGCACGCUCUUCCAUUAUGUUUGGCACAUAGAUCUCCCUGCGGUGGGAUUUCUUUCUUUUUUUCUUUUUUUUUGAGGGGGGGGUAUAUUUUUCCCCAUCUUCUCUUCUUUCUCCCUAUCCCCACCCCCUUUUUUCCCCUGAUACAAGUUGUAGAUGGAAUAGGAGAAGUCCUUGUUGGUGUAGAUGUGUGUGCAGUCUGGCAGCCUUAAGCCCACCUGGGCACUUUUAGGGGAAAAAAAAAGCAGUGGCAUAUAUCUUAUAUGAUCCAGGUGGUUUUUAGUCUUUACUGAUGAUGGGGUAUUUGUGUUAGCUUCUUUUCCUGAAAACGCUAUCCAACAUUAGGCAAAGUAGCCAAGAGCCUUCUUGUUUUGGUAAAUUAGUAGGGAAAUAGCAUUUUAAGAAAGAAGUCUCUCUUCUCAAGAACUUAGCUGAGAGUCAAAUUCUUCCCUCUUCCAACCAAUGAAGCUAAGUGGGUGUCUCAGAAACCUUUGUUUUCUGAAGGGAGGACUCCAGGUCAUCACUAAAGGAGUGUCCAGGCAGAGAGUUAGCACACUUUCUACACCUCGUAGAAUUGUGGGCUGUAGCAUUACUCUGAUUUUCUGUCUAACAUUGUCACAGAAUGCUGGUAGUUCAAAAUUUUUAUUUUAGGACUGAUUUAUACUCUGAAUUUCAGAAACGGUCAAAGGAGUAGCAGCAAAGACUAUAUUUUCGACUUGAGAAAUGGCUAUGAUGGGUAUUUUCCAUAUUGCCCCCUAUAGGUACAGUUCAGUUUUACCACUGAUUGCCUUGUUAUUUUCUUACUAGGUUCUUUUUGAGAUUUAAAAAAAAAAAAAGAUCGCUGGUUCAAAACCAACAAUGCCUAGUGAGUAUGUGUCCACAGGCCAUAACA